AACAAAGCUUUAGAAGACGAGAGAGAGACAGAGACAGACGGACAUUAUGGCCACCUUCCCGAGAGCAGCCAGCCCAUCCAGGCAGCCCCCAGGCCCAGAGGAUGAAGACCCCAACCUUGAUGAGUAUGACCUCUACAGCCUGGCUCAUUCUUACCUGGGAGUGGGAGGCCGGAAAGGUCGCACCAAGAGAGAAGCCGCCGCCAAUACCAACCGUCACAGCCCUGGUGGGCACGAGAGGAAGCUGGUGACCAAGCUCCGGAACACGGAGCGGAAGAAGCGAGGGGCACGGCCCUGAGACAGAACUCGAGAUGAGGUCAGAGCACGGACACCCACAGCGAUGGAGACAGAUCUGCGAGGAAUCAGCCCCUGGGGGCAGGACCCAGGCCUGCUUGCCCCCGCCCCCAGGACUUAGCCCACCUGACUAAGCUUCCGAGGGGCCACCAACGAAGCAGCCCCGGCCCCAGAAAAAGGACAAGAUGGGGAACAAGAGGCAGAGAGUAGAGAGAGGCAGAAUCAUGAAGGUACCCCUCAAAAAGAACGAAGAAACCGGAGCUCCCCACGGUGAUAGCGACAAUAAACAAAGUACAGCAGCUG